AUGGCAUCCACGGCCUCCCAGAAUUUCAACUCGACCGCUCGCCCUUUCUCCUCAACAACAAACUCCCGAAACGUUCCCGUCUUUCACAACACCUCGCAUCCGACCUCGAACACCACGACGACCACGUUUCCUUUCGACGAUUUCGAACUCUACGAGCCCGCCGUCUACCACAAGGCAUUGACUAUCCUGCAGCAAUCUGCAAAUUCGGAUACUACCGAGUCGUUCCCGAACCCCCGUACCAGGCUUCACAACCCGACGCCGACAACCGCAGCAUCCCAGAACGGCUUUGCCGUGGGCGGCGGCGAACAUCAGACGACCUCUGGUGGCGGUGUGUCGAACUACGACUGGCCGACAUCGAUGUACCACCCUCAUCUCUCCCACAAUAGCAUGGGCGGUCCUGUCGCGGCGCAGAACAAGGGAGUAAAGAGAGCGAGGAGUCAUCAACGCACACCCUCGGCCUCAACAAUCGGCUCCAACGGUCCUGCCUCACCGUAUAUGUCCACCGGAUCCUACCCUGGCAUCGUGAACUCGGAUUUCGCACCGCGCUCGCCCGCAUACUACGCUGACCAAGGCUUACCGAAGCACCUUCCAACACCUUCUCAGACUCCAACCGACAGCGCGUUCUCCAACGCGGGAUAUAUAUCUAGCCAAGCAGCACAUCUGCCGAACGCUCAUCUGGCAAUGAAAGAUUUUGGUAUGAACCAUCACAACCCAGAAGACUACAACCCAGACUUUGCCCCUCCAUCACGACAAUCGAUGUCGAGUUACGGCAACGACUCGCCAGCUACGCCCCAGUCGGGCGUUGGCGACGACCAAAAGCAGUAUAGUUUGCCUCAGAAUGGUGAGCUUGAGGCAGACAGGGCGCUUGAUAUGCUCGAUUACUUACUCUUCGUUGAAUCAGAUUACAACCAACCUCAGCAACGACAAAACAACCCGAACGUCCAGCUUUUUCGGACAGAGUCGCAAGCAUACCAGGACGAGCUGUACAACCCGAACGCAAUGUACAAUCCUCAACCGGCUAAAGCUUCUAAUUCAUACCUCUCCCCAAACCCACGAAACUUGAUCAACGAACGACUGCAGACCGCAAACUUGGCUCGCUCUGCAUCUCCAGCUUCAGCGAUGUCGAGAGAGCGCUCACCAUUCAGAGACGGCUCUCCUCUGGCUCCAUCAAAAGACUGGAGAUCGCAAGGUGCGCCAGUUGGCACAGCUGCGAGUAUGAGGCAGCAGCAGAAGCAAGAGGCCGCAGAUGCGGAAUACGCACAACACCGUGUACAACUCCGGAGAGAACCGACCAAAACAAUUUCUCCAAAAGACGCAGUGCUCGAGUACAAUGAGUCAGAUCAGCCAUCGCUAUUUCAGGAUAGUAUACCCGCAGGCUACGAGCGGCACUUGGGGGGCACGGAGCAGUGGCCAACCAACAACUAUAUGGCCCCGGCUUCCUCAUUCGGCGAUUUGUCCAUGAAUGGUCAGCAGAGUAUGAGCUUCAGGAACGCCACUUCAGCAGAUACAGGGUACUCCGCCACUGGCUUUGACUUUCCACGAAACUUGCCACAGGGGCCCGAGCAAAUGCAAAGCAACCCCUUCCAGUCCAACUACCAGAACGCUGCGAAGAUGAACGAGUUUGCUGAGCAGACACCGGCGUUCCCGGCUAGCAUCCCAUCAAUGGAGACUUCCCACAGUGAUGCUGGUGUCCCGCCGUCCUCUCAAGACAGCAGUGGGCAGACGUCGAUGCCCCAACGACCCGAUGACACCCGUGCCAACACCGGCACUUACACCUGCACGUACCAUGGCUGCUCGCAGCGCUUCGAGUCUCACGGCAGUCUCCAAAAGCACAAGCGAGACUAUCACCGCUCCCAGCAGCAAAUUAAGGACAACGCCUCGACUUCGGGCACCGGCUCUGCAUCGCCGCGUUCGACUGAGUCACCGGCGCCAUCGACCUCUGGCAUGACCUCAGCUGCGAUUCUGGCCCGGAAUUCGCAAGCUGGACCACACAAGUGCACUCGGAUCAACCCCUCCACCGGCAAACCUUGCAGCACCAUUUUCUCGCGGCCUUACGAUCUGACACGGCAUGAGGACACAAUCCACAACAACCGAAAACAGAAGGUUCGCUGUCCGAUGUGUCGCGAAGAGAAGACCUUCUCACGUAACGACGCGCUCACACGACACAUGCGCGUGGUACACCCAGAGGUCGAAGCUUUCGGUAAGCGUGGGCGACGCGACUGA